AUGGCUUCGACAUCCUCACCCCGUGGCGGCGCUACAACUCCACGUACUGCAAGUGCGGCACCCGCGAUCUCGCAUCCCGCCCACUCGCUCCUCGGCCGUGGCCAUUCUCCCGACACGGCGGCGCGCAUCUUCACCGACAAAGUCAAGAACAAACCACUCUUCCUAGCCUCCACGACUACCUCGGACAAGCGAGCGCUGCGCCGGCAUAUCCGGCUGCGCAAGAAGGAGUAUUACCUUCGCAAACGGCGGCCGAAGCCGCUCAGCGCGCGGGAGAAGCGAGAACUCGGCGUGUUUGUCUUGAAGAAGGAGGAAGUCAAGUUCGAAGUCUACCUGGGUCUGCAUCGCUUGUGGAACGAGUACAUGCUUGAGGUGCUGGGAUACACGAGUCCGCGGAAGGACGGGCCGCCCCAGACCCCGAGCCAGGGUCAACAGCAGCGUGGCGCCGCCUCGUCAUCGAAGGUCAUCACGCCUCAGUCCCACGGCAGUUUUCUGGCGAGCGCCGACUUCCAUGGCGCCGAAGUCGAAGUCGUGCGAUGUGCCGACCCCGGCAGAGUCGGCACCCGCGGGAUUGUGGUCCGAGAUACAAUGUUCACAUUUGUGGUGGUCACCCGGAAAAACGAGGUCAGAACGCUACCGAAGAAGGACACGGUGUUCCGGUACGAGGUCACUCUGCCUUCACCUACAAGCGUCGAAGAGCAGAGUCCAGCUAUGCUCGGCGGAGAUGCCCAGGGGCAAAAUGAUGGUGAGGAGCCGCAGCCGCAGCCGCAGCCGCAGCCGCAGCCACGACGAUUGGUCUUUGAACUACAAGGCAAUCAGUUCGAGUUUCGACCAGCAGACCGGGCGAGCAGGAAGUUCAAGUGGAAGGCUAUGGAUGUGUGA